GCAUGCUGGACGCUGUCCAACAUCUGCGCUGGUACCCCUGAGCAGAUCUCCACAGUAUUGUCUUUGAACUUGGCACAGGCGCUGGUCGAGCGCUGCUUUGACUCGCACGAGGUGAUGAAGGUCAAGAUCGAUGCGGCCUGGUCGUUGUGCAACGUCAUCUCGCAAGGUCUUGAUGCCCAUGCCGAAUAUGUCAUUGACAACCAUGGCAUUCCCGCCAUCCUUUGCGUUUUGUCCGUCGAAAUGGCGGAUACACGCGGUAUCGUGGUGUUUUUGGAUGCUCUCCAACGCGCUCUGACGCUUGAGUCACGUGCGGAGUUUGUCAAGGAAAUCCUCGACGAGCACGAAUUCGAGGCCAUGUUAAUAGCUCUUUUGGAUCACGAUAACUACGAGGUGCACAGCCGGGCCGAAAGUUUGGCCGCAUUCUUCAACGCGGAUACUGAGAUUGAAACCCUGGCUCCAACGACCAACGAGGCAGGCCAGCCAGGUGUUGCCGUUACGAGGACCGCCGCCAUGUUCCGCGAUUGGGCUACCGAGCGCUUGGCUGGCCUUGGGUUUGACGAUGAGGAUUUGAUCACAUACAUUGUUGACAUGAUCCAAGACCAAGAUGAAGACGCCGAUCAAGAAGAGCUGCGCGAGGCUUUGGUCCCCUUUCUGUGCCAAGAAAUCGAGGAUGAGGACCAGGCGACCGAGGUGGCGAUUGAGCUGCUGACUCGCUGGCAAACGACCGGGCGUGCUGAAGCUUCCGCUGCUGCGGAAGCCGCCGCCAAUGAAGCUGACGGAACUGGCGCUAGCGCUCUUCUCGAAAUUGCCAACGCUUAUCAAGCCAAGCUGCAGCUGCAGCACGCUGAGCUUGAAAAGCAGCGCGAGGAGGAUCGGGAGCGCAAAGCUCUGGCGGAGGAGGAAAAACUCCGUGUGUUACAAGCGGAGGCAGAGAGUGAAGAUGAGAGUGGGGGUGGGGCAGUCCCCGAUGGAGCCCCGGAUGACUUUACGCCUCGGCCCGUCAGCGGCAAAAAAAUGAAGAAGCAGCGAAAGGCCGCUUCAGCCGCUGAGUUGGCGGUUGGCUUUGAAAACGACAAUCAUCAACGUGUGCAGCAGAAGUUGCAAGCCAAGAAGGAACAAGCCCGUGAUGCGGCGCGCGCCAAGGCUGAGCGUGAUAAGCAAGAUCUGGCUGCAGAUCGCAACAAAAAGGCCGAGGCCAAGGAAGCUCGAAGGCAAAAGGCGCAAAAGGGCGAGCGGCGCCGCUGA